AGGGGAGUUAUCCCCAUAGCGCCCCGGUUAUUACGUAGAUGCGUGAGGUGUGUGUGUUGCUACGGCGUAAUAGUGACGUCUCUCAACUAGCUAUCAGGACAAUAGCACGAGAUAUCCCCACGGGCCUCAACAAGUGAAGGUUCACAGUUAUCUGCAAGUCUCCCGUAAUACCAUAGCUGAAAACCAAAGCAUACUGAUCUUGUACUACUUGGUAUUCAAUCUUCCCCAACAACCCCGAUCACACACACACGUAGGUAGGCAGGACACAAUGGCCAUCCCCGCAACAAGCACAAGGCUCCUCCGGUUCAUCGAAGCGACCUCGCUCGUCUACGGGCCCCUAACGAACCUCACCGCGUCCACGGCGUCGACGUGGUCUCCGCCGACGACCCCCGGCGCGGGCGGCCACAAGGGGCGGUACCUGUGGACGGACGCCUUCGGCCUCGUCAACCUGGUGACGCUCCACCGCGAGACCGGCUCGCCCACCUACCUCGUCCUGGCCCGCCGCCUCGCCGCCGCCGUGCACCACACCCUGGGCCGCACCCGCGACGGCUCCGCCCCGCUGCCGGGCGCAGAGCCGGGGGGCGCCGGGGGCCUCCUGCGCGGGGGGUUGAGGAUCGGGAAGAGGGACGCCGAGGGCCCCGACGGAGACGGCCAGUACCACCACUACCUGACGCUGUGGAUGUUCGCGCUGGACCGCCUCGCCGUCGCGGUCGGCGGGGACGAGGGCGCCGAGUAUAGCCGGCUCGCGGUGCAGCUCGCCGAGGCGGUGCACCCGCGUUUCGUUGUCGGCGGCGGCGGCAGGGAACAGGGCAAGCAGCAGCAGCCGCCGAGCCGCAUGGUCUGGAAGGUGUCGGCGGACAUGCGCGAGGUGCUCGUCCCGUCCGAGGGCCACCUCGACGCCGCGACGGGGUUCGUCGUCUAUCGGCUGCUGCAGCGGACGGCGGUGGAGCGUUUCGGGCAGGCCGGGGAGCCGCCGCUGAGGAGGGAGAUUGAGGACUACAGGGCGCUGAUGGGGCGGGAGGGCAGGCUGGCGGCCAGCAAGGACCCGCUCGACCUGGGCAUGGGCCUGUGGAUGUGCCACUUCUUCCGCGGCGAGGACUGGGCCGCCCGGCUCGGCGCCGACAGCCUGGCCCGCGCGGCGGCUGUGCUGGGGCCCGGCGGCGUCGCGACUAGGGAGGCGAGCCGGCGGCUGGCAUUCCGAGAGUUCGGUACCUGCUUAGGGGUGCAGUGCUACGGGGCCGGCGAGGAUGUGGAGCUCGCGGCCAGUGUGGAGGGCGUGAUUGACUUCUGGGAGAGGUACCUGGAGGUGUCGACCGACGAGGAUCUCAGGCCCAUCUCACUGGUCAUGUACGCUGCGGCCCUGAUUCCGGGAGCAUUCAAGGACGGAUAUCUUGACGAGAAGAAAUGAGGUUCCUGGUAGGACGAUAUGUCCCAAUCAUACUGUUUGUUCUUCAACUUGCAAAUGGAGCGUCUGCUCUGGCGUUUGGAUCAGGCCAGGGGUUAGGUUCUACAAAAACCAGGAGGUUAGAUAAAAGCAUGGAUACUCUCAUAUGUAGAGAUCACCAUCUUAAAACACACUCGUGAGCAGACUGUGGUGCCCCCUGCACAGCAGGUCAAGCUGUUCUCGAGGUUGGAUGCCAAAUCAAAAUACCAAACCCUGUGUUUCAUGGUGCCGUUCAAGCUCACGUAUUGUAUACUGUACAUUCAUAUGUUGCAAUUGACUUACAAGUCCAUCCCCGAUCAA